AUGAAGUACUCUGUCGCUGCUGUCUCGGCCCUUGCUGCCACUGCUCUGGCCAAGCCCUCUUUCACCAACGUUUCUUUCCAGGUUGAGGUUGGCCAGCCCUUCACCCUCACCUUCGCCGGCUGCUCUUCUGGCUGCACCAUUGAGCUGCAGACUGGUGCUAGCAACAACCUGAAGGACGUCAAGACCCUUGCCACUGGUGUUACCGGUACUUCCGCCACCGUGACUCUGGACAAGAUCCCCUCUGGCACCUACAACUUCAAGAUCACCGACGCCAGCGGCGAGAGCAACUACAGCGCCCAGUUCCCUGUCCAGGGUGACGUUGCUGCCAGUGCCAGCGCCUCAUCCGAGACCAGCGCCAAGGAGACCAACACGGCUACCGAGGCUCCCACUUCUACCGCUGCUUCUUCCUCCGCUGAGAAGUCCACCACUCUCGUCAAGUCGACCACUGCCCACACCACCGCGGCCUCAAACAGCACCACUGCUUCCCCCAGCAGCCACUCUUCCACUGCCAAGCACAACUCCACCAGCGCUGCCAUCACAACUGGCCCCGCUACCACCACCUCUGCCGCUGAGACCACCGCUGCCAAGACUUCCUCAAAACCCGCCGUUACCACUGUCCCUCCCGGAAGCGCCGCUGGCCGUCUUUCUUCUCCCAUCGCUCUCGUGGCCGGCGUUGCCCUGGCCAUUGCCUUCCUCUCUUAA